UUUUUCCCUAAACACUCAUUGUUAGUUUUUGCACGAUGUGUGCCAGAUUUUAGAUUUAUAAAAAAAAUGAUUCGCUAUCUAAUUUCUUUGUUGAAAAAAAUCACAUAAACCGACCGAAAAUAAUAAAAUGGAAACGUCAGUUUUAGUCCAGGCCCACACACUUCAAAGGCGAGCUGAAGCUCACUUAAAAGCUCGGCGAUACCAAGACUCAAUUGAAUGUUAUAAAAAAGCUGCGGAACAUAUGGUUGAAGCUUUAAAUUUAACAACAAAUGAGAAGUUAUUAGAUUCAUUAAAACAACAACGUGAACAUUUUUUAAGACAAGUGCAAAUUGUAGCAAUUAAAGAGGAGCAAUUUGAAAAUUACAAAAAAGCUUUAGCUAAUAGGAAGAGAGACAGUAACACUUCAAAUGAGUUUGAAAAUGCUCAUGAAAAUGAAAGUACUACUUUACAAGUAGCGAUUUAUAAAAAUAUGGAUAUGGCCGAUUCUUUAUUGGGAACAUUAUUAGAUAAUCGUGGAACGAGCAGUGAUAGUGAUGUUGCAAAUGAUGUUGAUGUAAUCGGAUCAAAAAGACCCAAAGAUGAAACAGAAGUCAUCGAGGAAUUACGUACAUUAAACGAACAAUUACAUACUUUGGUUUAUAAACUCGUUACUCAAUUAGAUGCUAGUAAACAAGAAGUUUCUUUAUUGAGAGAUCGAGUGAAGCAAUUGGAAAAUGUUAAAGCUCAAAAUAACAAUCCAUCGAAUAAUUUAAAAGUAAUAACAGACUCAUCUGGGGGUACUUCCCCAUUUAUUGUAUCACCAUGUAGUGAACUGAGCCCCGAAGUUCAAGAUACUUCGUCGGUGGUUGCUGCUUUAGCUCCCUUAGAAAUGCCCAGUUUUGAUUUUGCUAGUAUCAUUAAAAGUACUCAUAAAAUUAAUUAGAUUUAAACAAGAAUUUGUUUAAAUCAAGCUUUUUGAAUGGCAUUGUACAUAAAUUUUUUCAAUAAUUAUGUACAGCCUUUUUUCAUGUUGGAGUGUGUCUUUAAUUUAAUAAAAAUAUGUGUAUAUAAAAAAAUUGCGUAAUAAUGACUAUCUAAAGUGGAUUAAAAAAAAUUUCGCACUGUGAUAUAUGUGUGUAUAGUUAAAAGAAUUGUAAUUUACUUUUAUUUAUAAUUUGUAGGUUGUUUUAAAAAGAUUACUAUUUUAACGCCCUUUAUUAAAGCAUCCAAAUAGUUGUUCUGUAGAAUUACUUUGUAUCCUCAACUCAAUGAUGCAGAUUAAUAAAUUAAAUUUGAAAUUGUAA